GCUUGGUAGGCUCUUAUUCUUUCAAAGAUGUCUUCAACGAGUGGCAGGGUGCACUUUCCACCCGACCUCAAUUUUCAUGGUCGCUCUUCAGGCGAUGACCCUUCUGGAAUGUCGACUCCGCGUCGACAGACCCCUCCGAAUGUUUCUCCCGACCUCUACGUAUCAAUGGCGCUCACUCCGUCUCCGACGCGAAGUGAUGCAUCCACUGAGCUCUUUGGGGGUCAGUCGGACUCCCCAACCUCACCUACGACGACCGGUGUCCCCACUAAAGUGGCGGUACAUCUCACCCUUGCAUCGGUCAAGCACGCAGAUCCAGCCGAGCGUCCUUUCAUAUGGGACCUCACAACACAUCCAAACAAUAUUCGUGGACCUAAAAUAUAUGGUCCUGCACUACCAUCUCCUUAUAUUAUACCUCGCGAGCUCCGAUCGCAGCCCGCGUUGACUCCUAUCCAAACUAGGAUCACUAUCUCAUGCCAGCGGCUUCCCUGGAAAAUCAAGGUGGAAGCACCUGAGGAUCAGCCUUAUGUGACUGUAGAGCAUGUGCUGCAGUCCAUAUACAGCUUCCUACGCUUGUCAGUACAAGAGGCAGAGCUGCAUAGCCUGCCUGGAUGGGGGCCCCGCUCUGAACUCGAAACUAUGGUGACGGAGGCAUAUAAUCUACGCCUUGCUCAUGUACCUGAAGCCGAUCGUCCGAGGGAGGAAGCGAGGGGCAUUAGGCGGGUCGACUUGCUCACAGAUACUACGCAGUUUGCUGGACUGUCUCCAGGGGCGGAGGAGGACCAGCUGUUCAUGCACAUCGUUCCGUUGGCGCCAUGAUCAUCAGUCCUCCAUUUCCCUCGUUCCCGUCUGCUUCUUUCAAAUGCUUCACUGGUCUGACUGAUUUAUCUCUAACAUACUGGACUAUUCCGGCUCCAGCCUUCUCCUUGCUUCACGAGACUUUCUGUUUGGGGAUUGGACCAUCUAUCUCGUUAUCUAUGGAAUGGUAUUUCUCUAUGCCCCUAUUAUAUUUAGGUGUUCAUUCUUAGAGUAAUCCCAUGCCCCGUAAUCACCGUAGCGAUCCCUGUAUAUCCAUAGUAUCUUGUACGAUAGUAUGACAUUAUGCUUUACC